CCAAUGCUGCCCAUAUGCUGUACCGGGCGGGUGGAGAUCCUCCCGGUAGUAGCAACAGCAGCAUAGAACUGCUUUUGGGAGAGACCUUUACCGACGUGUAUCUUGUCUGGUCUGGCGGUUUAUUUUUACAUCCGAUCGCGACAGUCUAGCACGGUGACCGAUCGCGAUCACGCUCGAGCAUCGCGAGCCUGCCCCCGAACGUGCGGUGCAAACUAGUGACAAUAUUGCGUAUACCCGCAUUAUUAUUUAUUCCCCGCUCGGUGUGUGUGUGUUUUGUGUGGUGAAAAAAAUAAAAAUAAAACUACAUUUUUAAAUAUCAAACGAUGGCGACCAUAGAGCAGCUAGGCUAUAGUGCAUUUUUUAUUGCGUUGACCUGCAUUUUUGCGAUCGUGGCGCGUAGGCUCAACGAGCGUAUGUCGAAGGAUGGGCUGGUGAAGGAUUUAAUCUUUGAGGCGAUUGCUGCGGCGGAACUGUGCGGCUGCUGCUUCGAACUGAUAAUUGUGGCGGACAACUUUGGCGUCGCAACGUAUGCCGUCUUCCUGUUCACGCUCACGAUCUGGUGGGGCCGUAACUGGGGCUCGGCAACGGCCUGUCCCUACACCUAUAUGGAACAAAUAGUCGAAGGUGAGGUAAGCUUCAAGGAGGCAGCCCUCAAGAUAUGGGCCCAGCUGAUGGGAGGUUGCUGCAUAUUCCGCUACGUCCAGCUGUACUGGUGGUUCGAGUUUGCCGAAACACACGAAGGCCGUGCCUUUGAGGACUGCAAAGCCGAUCUGCAGGUGAACCUGUAUCUCGGCGCGUUCAUCGAAGGAUUCGCCACGCUCUGUUGCCGACUGGCGUCGAAGGUGAUCUCCGAGAAGGAUGCCCGGUUUGGCGCGUUCAUCGACUCGUUCAUCGGUACCAGCCUAGUGGUUGCCGCAUUCAACUACUCGGGCGGCUACUUCAACCCCGUACUGGCGACCGCCCUGAAGUGGGGCUGCGCCGGUAAUUCGGCCCUGGAGCACAUCAUCGUGUACUGGAUUGGUUCGUGCGUUGGUGCCGUCCUGUCGGUGCCACUCUUCAAAACGGCCACCUUCCGCAACAUGUUCCUAGCGGAGAAGACCAAGAGCGAAUAGAGGCGCGUUCGGGAAGAUUUCCUUGUCCUAGCGAAAGCUGAAGCAGCUACUACUACUACUACUACUACGAGAUCGCAGCGAAUGGAUGCAUUUCCGUCCCAGUCCCGCAGAAACGAACGAUGUGCUUAACGAUGUGAUACCGGGCCCGGAACCGGAAGUCUUAUGAUACCACUCGAAUAAAGAUGCUUUCCGUUUACCU